CAAAAAUUUUGAGUUUGUUCUUAUUUACAUAAUGCAAAAAUGAAACCUACUCCGGGUGCAAUUAUUAAAGGUCAGUUUGAUAUAUUAGUGAAUAUAGGACGCAUUAUUAAACAAAAUGGUCCAAAUCCAAUAAAAAUUUUAUCAACAUUAUUCAGGACUGAUGAUUUAAAAUGGGGAAAUUUAGUUGGUGUCGACAAAUAUGGAAAUCGUUAUUAUGAAAAUAACUUUUAUAUUUGGGGGCAAAAUCGUUGGGUAAUUUAUGCAGAUCAUGUAGGGAUGAAUUAUGAUGGAUCACAAGUAUCGCCAGAAUGGCAUGGUUGGUUGCACUACAGAACUGAUCUAUUACCAUUCAAUGAUCCUUCUAGACCAAAUUAUAAAUGGAUGAUUGAUCAUAAAGAAAACAUGUCUGGCACGAAAGAAGCUUAUAUGCCCUACAGUACAACCAAGCCAAAAAUCGAAGCUUGGAAGCCAUCAUAGAGCUUUAAUAGUUUAAAAGAAAAUGAAUGUUAAUAAAUACUUUAUUUAUAGUAUAAGAUUCUACAAUAUUCAAUACAAAAUAUGUCAAUAUUGUAGAAAAAUACGACUUUGUGUGAAUAAAUAAGUCUUAUUAGAUUGGAUGUA